AUGGCGCCCACCCAACCGCCGCUCUCAGCCAUCCUCCCCCCUCUGAUCUGCGGGACCGGAACCUUCAACUCCCAAUACAACGCAGACGCCUUCGCGGUGCCCGCAAACCAGAUCGUCCAGCGCUCCUUCGAGCUCGGCGUCCGCGCCUUCGACACCUCGCCCUACUACGGCCCCUCGGAAGCCAUCUUGGGAGCCGCCCUCAACACCCCCCACGUCCUUAGCCACUACCCGCGCUCCUCCUACUACAUCGUCACAAAAGUCGGCCGAAUCGCAGCCUCCGAGUUCGACUACUCGCCAGAAUGGAUACGGCGCUCCAUCAAGCGCUCCCUCCAGCGCCUGCACACUUCAUACCUCGACGUGGUGUACUGCCAUGAUGUGGAGUUUGUGACGCCCGCGGAGGUGCUGGUCGCAGUGCAAGAACUCCGACGGAUCCGCGAUGUCGAAGGGACGAUAAAAUAUAUAGGCAUAUCAGGGUACCCCGUCCCGCUACUCUGCGAACUUGCGGAACUGGUGUUGAGGGAGACGGGGGAGCCGUUGGAUGCUGUGAUGAGCUAUGCGAACCUCACGCUGCAGAACUCAACGCUUGCGAGUCAAGGCGUGGAGAGGUUAAAGCGCGCUGGCGUGAGCGUGGUCCCGAGUGCGAGUCCGCUGGGCAUGGGCUUGCUGAGGAAUAAGGGCGUGCCGGUUGGGGGGAUGGGGGAUUUCCAUCCUGCGCCGAGGGAAUUGAGGUGUAAGGUGCUUGAAGCUGCGAGAUUCGUAGGGCAGAGGGGCGAGAAGUUGGAGGCUGUUGCGCUGAGCUGGGCGUUGGACCGCUGGGUAACUGAGGGCGCUGCUUUGGGGACUGAUGCCGGGCUGGGGGUUUCUGUUAUGGGGCCUAGCGAUGUGAGGGAAUUGGAGGAGAUCGUGAGAGAAUGGAAUGGUGUAUUGGAUGGGCUUGAUAUCGCGGGGAGAGAGGUUGGCGAUGAUCAGCGGCGUAGGAGCUUGGAAAGGCGGAAAAUUAUCGCGGUGUUGGCGACCGGCAUUUGGGAUAUUCUAGGGGAGUGGAGGGGUUAUACUUGGGCAAGCCCAGACAAAGAUUAUGUCAACGUGAGGGUGAAGGAGAUCAUUGAUCUAGGCAUCCCCGUGCCCGAAGUCAAGGGCCACGUACGGGCGGACAGCAGGUUAUGA